CACAAAAAUCGUUAAAUUUUCGUCUCAUCGUGGAGAUCAAUCGUUUUUCAACACAAAAAUAGUGAAGUUUUCGUCUCAUCGUGGAGAGAAAUCAUUUUUCAACACAAAAAUAGCAGAAUUUUCGUCUCAUCGUGGAGAUCAAUCGUUGUUCAACACAAAAAUCGUUAAAUUUUCGUCUCAUCUUGGAGAGAAAUAGUUUUUCAACACAAAAAAUAGUGAAGUUUUCGUCUCAUCGUGGAGAGAAAUCGUUUUUCAACACAAAAAACAGUGAAAUUUUCGUCUCAUCUUGGAGAGAAAUCGUUUUCAACACAAAAAUUGUUAAAUUUAGAUAAAUCGUUUUUCAACACAACAUAGUCAAUUUGAUCGUGCCAACACAUCAGUUUCAAAGUGCAGCUUUGUUCGUUCACCUUAUCAGAGUCCAAAUCAACGUCCUAGUUAAACAAGCUACAUCAGCAAAAGACGAAGUUCAACAGAAAAUACAUAAUCUGGGUCAACAAAAUAAUUGCAAAGUCCAACACGAAGCCAUUCAACUUUAAAAAAAAUAAAACAAGUAAGUGGAACAUCAACAAUAAAUUACACAGUCAACAUUUUUGAAGUGUCAUCAAAUUCUUCAACAACAAUCGAAAGAAUUUACAAUCGCAAAGUCGCUGAAGUCAUCAAAUAUUUCAAUCGUUGUUUGUAAACAGAAAGUUGUAAAAAAUAAUUGUGUUGUUUACUACGUUUACUAUCAAUUAAUUCAUCAUGGCGACGUCAUCAGCUGUUUUAUACAAUCAACUGUGUAAGUUGCAACAAGAUUUUGAGCAAUCAAGAUCAAAUUUCAAGAAAACUAAGGAUCCAAAAAGAAGAACUGAACAAUACGUACGCGGAAAAAUUGAAGCUAUCCAGAAUAUCAAAAGUGCGUAUAGAGAAAUUUUCUUGCAAUGGGCCAAUUGUCAACCAGAUGCAGAACUUUUGACCGAAAGGAAAAAAGCAAAAAUAGACAUAGAAUGCUGGGAAAGUUACUUGCAAGCAGAAUUGGAUAAUAACUUUGUAAAUCCUAUCGAGCCUCAAGAUGAACAACCGCUAAUAAAUAUUGAAAAUCAAGAAGAAAUCGUUUUCGAUCAACCUCCUAAUCAACAACCGCAAGUAAAUUUUGAAGAUCAACCAGCAAUCGUUUUCGAUCAACCUCCUAAUCAACAACUUCAAGUGAAUGUUAAAAAUCAAUCGGCUAAUGUGAAUAAUGGAGUGAAACAACAAACUUCAAAAAAUUCAACAAUCUUUGGAGCUACUUCGCAAAUGCCUCAUUUGGAUGAUUCCCCGAUUCAAUCACCAAAAUCCAAUGGUUUUGAAGCAUUAAAUUUUACUAGCAAUUUUGGUAAAAGUUUAAUGAAUCAACAUCGUUAUGCAGAUAAAAAUCGUGAGCAGCCAAUCGUUACUACAACAAUUCAAGGACGGAAUCAGCGACCCAAAACAAUUUCUGUCGUUCCAGAACAACCCACAACCAAUCUGGAAUUCCAACGUAAUGUUAAACUGUUGUACAGCGCGAUAAAUAAUAUGAGAAUCGAAAUGAGUCGUAUCCAAAUGCAAGAUAUUACAACUUGGGAUGAAAAGUCGGUCGAUAGGGAAGAACGUGCCUUAGAAACCCUACGAGGAAGAGCAGAAGCAUACUAUUACGAUUUAUUGAAAUUAGAUUAUGAUGAAGCAUCAAAUUAUUUCAAAGAAUUUCCAUAUGAAACUAUUCUUCACGAAUAUCAUAGUCUGAUCAGUUAUCUACGAAACGUCGUUACACAAAACAAGCAAAAAGCAGAUCAUAUCAUUCCACUGCCAAAAUUGAAAAUGUCAGUAUUUAAUGGAGAUUACGCAAAAUGGAAUUCUUUCAAAGAAUUGUUCUUACAAGUCAUUCAUCGCAAUCCAAAAUUGAGUGCAGUCGAAAAAUUGGAGUAUCUGAAGGCACAUCUUAGUGGAGAUCCUCUUCAACUCAUCAACCAUCUGGCGAUUACAUCAGCAAGCUACGAAGCGGCAUGGAAUUUAUUACUUCAACGUUAUCAAAAUGAACGCAAAAUAGUUUAUAGCUUGUUAGACAAAUUAUUUGACAUCAAAGAAGGAAGAACCAAACCAUCUUUCAUCGAAAUGGCCGAUCUCAUGCGAGAAGUUGCUCAAACAAUGGAGCAUUUAGAAUGUUUCAACGGCAACACGUUCAUCAUUUACAUGUACGAAAAGGUCAUGGAUUAUAGUACUCGUUCGUACUAUGAGCAAUUCAUCGAAAAUUCAUCAACUAUACCAACAGCACUUAAAAUGGUCGAAUUUCUACAAGCACGAGCUGCAGCAAUCAACGCUAAUCCAAAAAAUUAUCAAAACAAUCAAAAUUCGUUAACAAGGCAUCAAAAUUUUCGACAACCAUUUGUGAACAAACCAAGAAAAAGCAACAAUUUCGUUCAAUCGUUUAAGAAUAAGUGUGUUGUCUGCAACGAUCAGCAUUUAUUAUAUUUGUGUCCAAAAUUCCUGUCAAUGACGCCGUUACAACGUAAAUAUGAAGUUACAAAAAAAAGACUUUGUUACAAUUGUCUCAACGAGCAUUCAGUGAAGGAGUGUAACAGCAACAAAACGUGCAAAGAAUGUGGAAAAUUUCAUCACACUCUUAUUCACAUUCCUCCAAAACAAUCGCAAGUAAAUUUGGUUACUGCAUUAAAUGUCUUGCUUGCAACCGCAAUUGUGAAAAUCCAAGCAAAAGACGGUACAUGGGUUCCAAUUCGUAUACUUAUAGACAUGGGCGCUCAAGGAUCUUUCAUCACAGAAGAUUGUGUUCAAAAAUUACAACUUUCCAAAAAACGUACACACAUCAAUGUCGUCGGAAUGGGAGAAACAGCUGCUGGAGAUUGCAACAAAAUGGUUUCAGUCGUAUUGUCGCCACAUUUUGCAUCAAAUUAUCGUAUGCAUGUCAAAGCAUUUGUGAUGAAAAAGUUAGUUGGUCAAUUACCCACGCAAAAGUUCGAAAUAAAUAACAGAAAGGUGAUGAAUCUCAAGUUAGCUGAUCCACAUUUCAAUAUUCCCGCAAAAGUUCAUAUGCUCGUGGGAGCUGAUGUCUACAGCAACAUCUUAAUUACAGACAAAUUCAUUCAUGGCGAACCUUCAGCCCAAAAUACACAAUUUGGGUACAUCCUGUUUGGCAAUACUGCAGCAUCCAAGCCUCAAAAAACGUUUUCACUUAUUACAACUAUGGACCUGUCAAAGCAACUUAAAAAAUUCUGGGAGCUUGAAAGUAUUCCAGAACAAAAAUUCCUGUCAACAGAUGAUAUGAUGUGUGAGCAGAUUUACUCUGAAAACGUCACGAGAGCACGAGAUGGAAGAUAUAUCGUAAAAAUACCGUUCUAUGAAGAUAAAUUGGCUGAACUAGGAGAUUCUCGAUCAAAAGCUUAUGCGCGUUUGUUACAAAUGGAAAGAAAGCUAGACAAAAACCCAUCGUUGAAAGAAAGUUAUGUUGAUUUUAUGCGAACUUAUGAGAAACUUAAUCACAUGACUGAAGUUCCAACAGGAACAAUUAAGUAUUUCUUCAGUCAUCACGGAGUCGAACGGCCAGAAAGUACAACUUGCCCUCUUCGAGUCGUUUUUGAUGGAUCUGCUACGUCAUCAACUGGUUUAUGUAUCAACGAUUGCAUGUAUAAUGGACAAAAAUUGCAAAAGGACAUAUUUGAAAUCUUAUUGAAAUGGCGCCAAAGGAAAAUCGCUGUUGUUGGAGAUAUCGAAAAAAUGUACCGUCAAAUAUUAGUCACCGAUGAAGACAAAUCGUAUCAAGGCAUUUUGUGGCGCGAAAAUCCUGGAGGUCCUGUCAAGGAGUAUGUCCUUAACACAGUUACGUACGGCACAAGGAGCGCACCGUUUUUAUCAAUAAGGACCCUUCAUCAAUUGGCCAAGGACAUCGAUAACGAGCAAACAGCAAAAUUGUUGACUGAAAAUUUUUAUGUUGACGAUUUACUUGCAUCGUUCGACACAACAACAGAGGCAAAAACGGCAUUAAAUAAUAUUAUUUCUACGUUACAAUCAGCUGGUAUGCCGCUACGUAAAUUGUCGAGUAAUCAAGAUAAAUUAUUUAAUGGCCUCCCCGUUGAUAUCGUACAAACACCUUCAUACGAUAUUGAAAAUGAUGAAACUGAAGUUAAAACACUUGGUAUGAGAUGGCGCCCUGUUCGAGAUAUAUUCAACUUUAAAAUAACGUUACAAAAUUAUAAAAAAAGGACAAUGCGAGAACUUGUUGCUGAUGUUACCUCACUUUAUGAUCCGUUAGGACUUGUUUCACCUGUAAUCAUUGUCGCCAAAAUGCUGAUUCAAAAAGGUUGGAAACUUAAAUUAAAGUGGGAUGAUCCUUUACCUGAAGAAAUUGUACGAGAAUGGGAAGAAUACCGUAGUCAACUUGGUAAUCUUUCAGAAUUUAUAAUAAAAAGAUGGAUCAAAUACCGACCUACCGCACAAAUUGAAGUUCAUGGAUUCUGUGACGCUUCCUUGAAAGCUUAUUCAGCUGUCGUAUACAUAAAAACAACUUAUAAAGAAGUUACAGAAGUUAUUCUUCUCACCAGCAAGACAAAGGUUGCACCGCUUGCUACUCAUCAAUCUCUUGCAAAACUUGAAUUGGAGUCUGCAUCAUUAUUAGUCGAUAUAAUUACAGUAAUUCGAAGAACUAUGGAGUUUGGCAAAAACACACCGUACUUUGCUUGGUCAGAUUCCGAGAUAACAUUAGAUUGGAUCGCAAAGGAGCCGUAUAACUGGAAGACGUUCGUAGCAAAUCGAGUAGCAGCAAUUCAAACCAAAGCAGAAUAUUUAAUUUGGAAUCAUGUUUCUGGAAAAAUGAAUCCUGCAGACUUGGGAUCUCGUGGACUAACCGUCAAGAAGUUGUUAGAGUCAGAUUUAUGGUUCCAUGGACCGGAAUUCUUGAAAAAACCCUCAUCUGAAUGGCCAAAAAGAACAAUUCAACCAACAACGCUCGAAGCGAAAAUUCAUACUUUACAAAUCAAAGUUUUUCGUUCAAUCAUCGAUUUUACACGUUUUUCAUCGUAUUACACACUCAUCCGAACAAUUGCAUGUUGUCUGAGAUGGAAAACAAAACAAAGAGGUUUCAUUACUGGAGAUGAAAUGUCCAACGCAUCAAAAAUUGUCGUUAAAUUCGCCCAAGAUGAGAUGGUUGGCGCCUCACAUUUGGAAAAAUUAUCAACUUGCAACAAAAAAUUUAAAUCGUUAACACCUUUAAUUGACGAAAAUGGCAUCAUCCGAGUGGGAGGACGUCUUCAACAGUCAAUUUUGGCAUACAAUGAGCAGCAUCCCAUCAUCUUAGAUGAUUUGCAUCCGUUUUCAAAGUUGUUAUGCAAACAUAUUCAUCAAAAACAUGGUCAUUGCGGCACAGGCAAAACUAUGGCAUUUAUCAGACAAGAAUUCUUCAUCACCCGUUGCAGAUUAUUAGUGAAAAAUAUCAUAAAAAAAUGCGUUUUAUGCACUCGUCUCAAAGCUGUCACACAAAAGCAAAUUAUGUGUGAGUUACCAAAGAAUCGAGUCGUUGGAUCAAUUCGACCUUUUGUUCAUGUUGCCUUGGAUUAUUUUGGACCACUCAACAUCCGCAUGUCGCCAGGUAGAGGAGCAAAAACUAUUAAGGCGUAUGGCUGUAUAAUUACGUGCCUUGCAUCCAGAGCCGUGCAUUUGGAAUUAGUAAUUGGUUUGGAAGCUAAAGGCCUUUUAAACGCAUUAACUCGUUUUAUGGCGCGACGAGGUCUCGUUAAAACAAUUUACAGCGACAAUGGAACCAAUAUGGUAAAAGCAAAACGGAUGUUGAAUGAAGAUUACCAGAAAGCUGUUUCCGAAGCAAUUAAUUACGCAGCACCAUUGCUCGCAAAUCAAAAAAUUUCUUGGAAUUUUUCUUGCCCGAGUUCACCCUUUAAAAAUGGAUUAACUGAAAUCAUGGUUAAAUUUUCUAAGCAAUUAAUGAAAACUUUAAUUGGAGAUGUCGUACUUACAUAUGAAGAAAUGUCAACGUUUUUCUGUAGCAUCGAAGCCAUCUUAAAUUCCAGACCACUUUGUACAAUCAAUGAAGAUACCGAACAAGCAAUUUUGACGCCAGCAAAGUUAAUUAUUGGAGAAAAUUUGACGUCAGUUGUUGAGCCCAUCGUAGAAGACAUCAACGUUUGCCAACGGUUUUUGUUGUUAAAGCAGUUAAAGCAAGAGUUUUGGAAGCAGUGGUCCAGCGAAUAUUUACACACUCUUCAAAAACGUACCAAAUGGCAAACGCCUGCAAAAAAUAUGGAGAUUGGUCAAAUUGUUCUAAUCAAGGAUGAACGUUUACCUCCUUUAAAUUGGAUAAUGGGAAAAAUUUUGGAAAUUUUUCCGAGCCCUGAUGGUCAUGCACGCGUAGCUCGCGUAAAAACUUCAAUUGGUGAACUUAAACGUCCUGUUCAAAAACUUGUGUUAUUGCCUACAGAUGAUGAACAACCAAAAAAUCUUGGAGACGGCGAUGAUGAUGAUGUUUCAAAAAAUCAUCAGGAAAAACAACAACCGAAAAAACAACCUAUUCCUGUGUCAACUCGAGUUCUACGUUCGCACACAAAAUUUGGAAGUUUCACAUCUAUCAUCAUGAUGUUAUUGUUCUUCUUAAUCAGUGGAUGUCGCCUUCAAACAAUUUCGAUUAAAUAUCCAAUUCAUGAGAUUAAAAAUGAAGUCAAUUAUGUCAGUGAUCAACUUUACAUGGCAGAAAUAAUGUGUGGAAUUGGAUGGAGCCUACCAGAUAAGGAACGCUGUGCAGCCAUCAUUCCUGAGUUUCGAAAAUCUAUCAAUAAUCUACAAAAUUGGAUUGAAAACAUCUCAUAUGAAGACUCGGACACCUUCGAAGCAUGCACUUCAAAAUGUCAUUUCAUGGAAGCUGAUCUACAUUUUCCAACAAAAUUAACAACAUUCGCCAACAAUACUUUUUAUGAACUUGCACGUCAUGCAAAAAUCGCAAACGUUUUUACCUAUUCAACAUAA